CCCUUCUCCCCUCCCCCUACUCCCCUCCUUUCGCCAAGAGCCUACCCCGCCCAGAUGACGUUCCCGGAAUCAUCGACAUCCCUCACGGUCUUCGCCGGAUCAUGGAACAUCAAUGACAACCACAAGACCUUGGGAGCGCUCCACCAGUGGCUUAACCCCGGUCUCUCCAACCCGGAUCUCGUGGUCCUUGGCUUCCAGGAGUUCGAUUCCUCGAAGGACGCCUACUUCGAGAACAAUGCCAAGACCUCCGGCCUGUGGAUCGACGAGACCAUCAGCCUGCUGAACCGUGCCUCGACCACUGGCACGUACUCGCUGCUUUCCUCUUCGCAGCUUGUCGGCAUGCUGAUCCUCGUCUUCGCCAAGGAUACCCUCAUCCAGGAGUCCAUCACCCAAGUCGAUGCGUCCAUGGUUGGCACCGGCCUUGGCCGCAUUCUCGGCAACAAGGGCGCUGUGGCCGUCCGCUUCAACAUCGGCUCCACCUCCUUUGUCUUCAUCAACAGCCACUUCAACGCCCAUGUGCCGAAUGUCCAGCGCCGCAAUGAGGACUUCCGCGACAUUUGCCAGCGCAUGCUCUUCUUCUCGGAUGUUAAUUCCGACAUUCCCCGUGCCACGGUGGAGGACCUCCUGAGCCGGCCAUCGCAGGAUGAGGACUCCGUCAUCCAGGCUCAGAAUGAGUUCCAGUGCGCGCGGAGCACGUACACCGCGCCGCCCGUGCAGCCCAGCACCGAUGGCCUCACGCGCAUUGGCGACCACGACGUCAUCGUCUGGCUCGGCGAUCUGAACUACCGCGUUGAGCUGGACCGCGCCGACCUCAUGACCCACAUCGCCGAGGAGAACUGGGGCAAGCUCUAUGCUCAUGACCAGCUGAACCGCGAGAUGGCCGCCGGGAGAGUCUUCCAGGGGUUCACCGAGCUGGUCCCCGCCUUCCCGCCAACCUACAAGUUCGACAUCGGCACCAACAACUAUGACUCUUCCAAGAAGCAGCGCAACCCGGCCUUCUGCGAUCGUGUCCUUUGGCGUAUUCCCACCGCCCCGGGCUACGCCCUCCAGCCGUCCAUCUUCGAUUCCCUCCGGACCCUGUGCAAUUCCGACCACAAGCCGGUUUUCCUCGGCUUCUGCGUGUCCUUCCCAGCUGCGCGCUUUGCUGGGCCGGAGCGGGUUUCGCCUCAGAAGAAAACCGGCUACCUCCGGUCCAUCUUUGCCUCUUACCUGCGCAAGCAUUCGGUCCUUGUGGUGACUGUCACCUUCGUCAUUAGCUUCUCCAUCUGUCAUCUUCUCCUCACAUCAAGCUAGAGGACACACGCGUCUGUGUGCGAAUGUGUGUGUGUGUGUGGGUGCGAAAGAGAGGGAGGGACAGGGGGCACUCGCGUCUCCAUGCCCGUGUGCACCCUGGUAGUGUGCCCGCGAUGGGAGGCCUGCCCUCACCUCACUCAUCAAUAGAAGGAAACCCCGCAACGUUGUCGAGAAUAUGGCCG